UAUAGGAAACUAGAUUAUUCCACAUGUCAUGAUCAAAACAGCCGUCUCUCGUUUUCUCCCGUACUUUUCUUGUCACAGAAAUGUGGGUCAGAGAUCUUUAACAAAAGCUUUCUUGACGGAAGCAGUGAAGAGACACGUGUUUGACGGAAGAACGGACGCAAUGCCUCCGGAUCAGAGAAAUAAUUUGAAAAAUCGGCUCAUUUGGGUCGAUCUGGAGAUGACAGGGUUGGACGUGGAGAACUGCCACAUUUUGGAGAUGGCUUGCCUUGUGACAGACAGCGACCUCAACGUUGUAGCUGAGGCUCCUAAUCUCAUCAUACACCAACCUGAAGAGACUCUGAACAAGAUGAACGAAUGGUGCGUCAAACAUCACACCGAUUCGGGCCUAGUCGAUGCUGUCCGAGCUAGUAAGAUCUCUUUGCAGCAGGCCGAGUAUGAAAUGCUGGCCUUUGUUCGCAAGCAUACCCUCCCUAAAAUCUGUCCGCUGGCUGGCAACAGUGUGCAUGAAGACAAGAAGUUCUUAGCCAAGUACAUGCCCCAGUUCAUGAACCACCUGCACUACAGGAUCGUGGAUGUCAGCAGUGUCAAGGAGCUGUGCAGACGCUGGUACCCAGGGCAGUUUGAAAAUGCCCCUCAGAAGAAGGCAGCACACCGUGCGUUGGAUGACAUUAUGGAGAGUAUCGACGAGCUGAAAUUUUACAGGACAACAAUCUUCAAAUGAAGCGUUCUCUCCCUCAAAAGGUUCAGAAAGUCAAAAAGGUUGGACUUGAAAUUGUCACUUUGCAAAUACACUGAACUGAUACAAAGUUGUGAUAUUUAAAAAAAAAAGCUCUUUUUGAAAGAUAACUUUACGAAAGUCCUUGUCUUAUGCUGGUAUCAAUUAUUUUGCAUUAAAGUUUGGCACUUAAGAUCAGCGUCAAUGCAUACAUGUACAGAGCACAUUUCACUCACUGUUUUGUAGCUGAUCUGGAAAGUUAAGAAUUCAUUUCAACAAACAGGAUCAGGGAACUAGUAACUCACAAACUUGAACUUGUUAAGAAGGAGACUCAACACAGCAGUUACUUUCUCUUUUUAAUGAGCUGAAUGAGUUGUUUACUUUUGUACAAAAAGGCAAUGUAACUGACUAGGUAUGCACAAGUCAUUGAUUAAAAACUGUCACUGUGAGGUUAAAAAACCUGCAGUAACAAAACUAAUUUGUGUUGUAGAAGACUUUGAAAAGAAAUAAAAACAGCGAUUAUGUCUGUACAUUUUUAUAGCCAUCAUACUGAAAAGGUAAACACCACAAUAAUUUUCCCCUUAAAAGGUAGUUUAUAUCCUAGUUUACCUAUCUGCUCUGUCUUAACACAGACAUCUGGCCAAUCAGGCUGUUCAUCUGAAAGUGUGAAAAGUAUGUUAGUAAAAGUUGUAAUAGUAAGGCACUAGAACUGAAUGCAACAUUAAUUUCUUGUAUAUGUACAUCAUGCUUUGAUUUAUGCAGCAAAAUACAUCUGUCAAGCACAAAAUGUUCUUGAAAGCUUUAAAGCUUACAUACCAUUAACCUUCCCUAAAUCUUUUUAAGACAAUUGAUAUGUAACAAUUAAAAACUCCCUGUAGAUUGCUGAAUGUAUUAAAAAUGUAUUGAAUGGCACAUUAAUCCUAAUUCUGAAUCCUAUGAGACUGUUAUGGUUACUUAACUCAAGAGUAUUUAUUAAUGCAAGAAUAAGCAUGCAUGUGAUUGGACAAGGUUUGAACAGGACCGUCUGGAAGGAAGAAACAAAGUAAAAGUGGAACAGCA